AUGUUUGUGAGACUGUGUACGUUCAUUCUAGUGUGGGGCGCAAUUUGCGAGAGUGAAAGCGCGCGACCCUCACCUCUGGCGGUGCCGCGUUGCUGCCCGCCUCAACACGGGAUCUCCGCGGCGUUUCUGCGCUCGCAUCUGCUGCGGUCGAAGACGCUACCGGCCGCCUGCGAGCGACAGGAGCCAACGGUGCCCUGGGCCCCGCUGAUAUACGCACCGGCCCGCGGUACGUUCUUAGAACGAGGCCGCCUACCGCCUCAUUGGCGCGAAGCGUGGUCGGCGAUCCCCGAGUGUCCCGAGCUGCGUGUGGUCCUAGAGCACGCCGCUCCCUACGCCUUGCUCGCCAACAACGGGUCCUUGCUAUUGCGCGGGGCGACCGGGGCGCUGCCGCCGGACCGCUACUGUGCUGAUGUCGCCGCCGCUCUCGUCUGCGCGGAGGACGCCGAAGAGCCCGGUCCGUCGAAGUGCUGUGCGGCGGGUCGCGCUUUCGAUGGAUCUCGAUGCAUCGAGGACGAAGCCCUUAGCGAGGAUGCCCUCGACGAGUUACGGACCUUUGCCAACGGUAGCGUAGUGGUAGGCGGUUGGCCGUCUUGCGCGGAAGGCGCCAAUUACUCAGUAGCGGGAUUACUCCGCACCGGACGGCUCGUAGCUGACGGUGCGUUGGAGUUGGCAGGUGGGAAGUUGCCAGCGGGCGCUUGGUGCGCAGAGGCUGUGAAGGGGGAGAGAGGAGAGAGCGGCGCACGCGUUCUGACUUGCGAGGAGUUGGCGCGCGCGCUGCGCCCAGUGCGCGGUGCUAGGCACGCGUUGUACGGCGCCGGGCUCGCCGUAGGAGCGGCUUUCCUGGCCGCUACGCUGGCUGCAGGAUUCGCGCUGCCGGCCGCUCACCACGCUUUGCAUUGGCGCUGCCAGACUUAUUACGUUGCCGCCCUGAUGCUGGGCGAUGCGCUGCUGGCGGCCACGCAAUUAGCCGCUGAAGCAGUGCCGCCUUCACUUUGCCGUGCACUCGCCGUCUGUAUGCACUUCCUCUUCCUCUCCGCCUUUUUCUGGCUGAAUACGAUGUGCUUCAACAUUUGGUGGACUUUUAGAGAUUUCCGACCGACGUCGCUCGAGCGCGCCCAAGAAUCGGUGCGCCUGCGUAUCUACAUGGUGUACGCUUGGGGCGGGCCGCUCGCCCUGGCCGGGGCGGCGUUACUGCUAGACGGAUUGCCCGCUGACGCCGCUCCCGCGUUGCUACGUCCUCGCUUCGGCGAGCAGCGUUGCUGGUUCUACGGCGAUCUUGAGAUUCUCGUUUAUUUCUUCGGGCCGGUCGGCGUGUUAUUGCUCGUCAAUUUGGCUCUCUUCCUCUCCACUACGCGUCAGCUUACCUGCGGCCUCUGGCGUCGCGAUGAAGUCAAGUCCACAUCGGAGAGGGCGGCAUUGGGACGCGUAUGCGCCAAACUAGUGGUAGUGAUGGGCGUGACUUGGGGAGCAGACGUGGUGUCGUGGGCUGCAGGCGGACCGGAGUACGUGUGGUAUGCCACGGAUUUAGUGAAUGCGUUGCAAGGUGUAUUUAUCUUCCUGGUAGUGGGAUGUCAACCGCACGCUUGGGCUGCGUUGAAACGCGCCGCCCGCGCUGCCGCGUCGUGUGCGCGCGCGCCGACGCACGCCGCUCACUCUUCUUCGCAUCUUCCGUCCUGCGGCGAGUCCCUGACGCACACCACGGCGGCCCCGGCCCCGGUCCCGACGGCUCCCUCCGCGCAACGUCUGCCCAUGGAAACGGUCUGCUGA